ACCAGCAGGAUCCGCACGUCUUUCUUCAUGUCGGCGGCUCUCGGGGGCCGGCCUCCGCCCGCACGCAUGGAGUGGACUCCUCUCACCGGGAGCGCCCACCCCACGGCGCCACCUGCCAGCCUCUUCGGCCGCCGGGGCCCGCCGCGCCGCCCCCUCAGUUGCUUCCCUGCAAGAGAGCUGGGACAGCACCAGCUCCGCCUCCUCCGGCCCAGCGGGCGGCGGCGGCGGCGGCGGGGACGACGGCACGCGGUGAGGGACACGCGCUUUCGGAACGCGAACGCUCUCCGCGCCGGAACAGCGUUCCCGCGGCCAGGCAGCCGCAGCGCAGGCCCAGGGAGCCUCACCCACCCUCCUCUGGGCACCGCGACCCGGGAGACGUUUGGGCCUGGAAUUUGAAUGGCGGAUUCCCUGGUUUAACCCCAUUUAUUUUAUAGACAAGGACAGAAAUUCCCUGUUCAAAGUCACAUAGCUAGAGCUUGGCAGUGACUCAGAGCAGGGAUCUUCUCACCAGACUCUAAACUCUGGGAGAGCAGCAAUCUGCUUACAUGGUUUUCAGUUGCGUCCCCACGUUAUUGGACAGAGCCCUCAGAAAAUGCUUGAUCGAAUAGGGCGACUGGCUCCCAGGAUCUGGUUCUUUCCACUUUCGAAAGCCCGUCACCCUAGUUGUUUUUGCCUGUGAUGCUUGUAAAAUACGAUUAUAAGAUUCGUGUUUAUGCUGUGUGAACAGACUCCUUUCUUUAUAACCAAAUAAGUGACUUUUUUUUCUGUCUAUGUAGUUUAUUUUAUGGCAGGGUUUUCGGAUACUCUACUCAGGCUUACCCGGCGUAAUGCUAGACACGGAGGUGGCACUGGAUAAUAAACUCUAAAUGAUUUUUCUAACAUUGCCUUAAUUUUCUCUUGACCCUUUCCAUCUGAAGGAAUUUGUUGCUACAUGCUUAAUGUUUGGUACACGAUGAGAAAUAUAUAUAUAUAUACACACACACACACACACACGCCCGUGCGAAUAUGCGUCACAUCCCUAAUGCUUGGCACACAGUGGGAAAUAUAAAACACAUAAAUUAAUGAGAAGGCACUAUCUGUGCAUAAUGUACCUUUUUCCUAUCUUAAAUAUUACAUAAUGAACAUUUAAAGGGAAUGAAAUGUGCCUAAUACCAAUCUCCCUUUCUCCUAGGAGAAGUCACGUGGUCUCUUGCAGCAGUUAAGAGUUGCUGGCAAAUUUCCUGGGUUUGAAUCUCGGCUCCACAUAAUAGCUCUGUGAUCCUGAGUCUUGGAGAAUAUCUCUGAUUCUCCCUGCAGCUGUGUCGGAAAUCAACAGCUUUGGAGAAGUCAUGGAAACAUCCACCCCAGAAGAAAAAACCUAUUGAUGAAUCAUUUAAAACCGAAUAAAUGGAAGUCCCCUAUGCAGUCGAUCAACUAUUAUAUUCAAGUUCUUUUAUUCAUCUAUAAUUUUCUAUGUAAUUCCCAGCAAGUUUUUAAAAACAAAAUUAGGCCCUCAAAAAAUAUGCCUUGAAAACAAUCUGGAAUAAUACAUAACUACAGCAAAAAUAUCAAAGAG